CUGUGCUUCCUCCUCCUGCGCGGCCGCGUUAGCAGGGCCUCUGCACGGUCACAUGACAGACGGCUCGUCGGUCGCGAGAAGAGCAGGCGGAGCGCUGCUGCAGGACGUGUCUACUCUUCACUGCGUGCCCGUAACUGGACCUGGAGGGAACCAUGUCUGUGGUCCAGCUGGAGGAGUGGCGGCAGCGGAUUGGUAAAGAGCUGGACGACACAGUAGCCUUCUGGCUCAAGUACUCUCACGACACAACGCACGGAGGCUUCUUCACUUGUCUCGGGAGGGAUGGGACGGUGUACGAUGAGCUGAAGUAUGUCUGGCUGCAGGGAAGACAGGUGUGGAUGUAUUGCCGCCUGUAUCGAACCAUGGAGCGCUUCCGCAAGCCGGAAAUCCUGGAAGCAGCGAAAGCCGGAGGAGCUUUCCUGAGAAGAUUUGCUCGUGUCUCCAGCAGCAGCAGUGGCCAGUGGAAGUGUGCCUUCUGCUUAACAAGAGAUGGUAAAGCAGUGAAAAUUCAGAGGACUGUAUUCAGUGAGUGCUUCUACCUCCUGGCCAUGGAUGAACUGAGCCGGGUCACCGGUGAUAAGGGCAUGCAGCUCGAGGCGGAGCAGAUGAUGGAGCAGUUGAUCCACUGGGUUCGGGUGGACUCGUCCGGCCUGGGCCGCCCACAGCUUCCCGGAGACCUUCCCACCAAUAGUAUGGCGGUGCCCAUGAUGCUGCUGUGUCUGGUGCAACAGCUGACCGAAGGCCGAAGUCAGGAGGUUGCUCAGAAGUACACUGAGCUGACCGGCUGGUGUGUACAGCAGAUUCUACAACAUAUCCAGAGAGACGGCACUGCUAUUCUAGAGAACGUGUCUCUGCAGGGCGCCGAGCUGCCAGGCUGCCAGGGCCGGCUGCAGAAUCCAGGUCAUGCCCUGGAAGCGGGCUGGUUCCUGCUUCAGGUCAGCGCACAGCAGCGGGACAGCGAUCUCCAGAAGACCGCCAUUAACAAGUUUGUGGAGCUACCUUUUCAGUUCGGCUGGGACAAAGGGCAUGGCGGCCUCUUCUACUUCCUGGAUGUGGAUGGUCACUGCCCCACACAGUUGGAGUGGAGUAUGAAGCUGUGGUGGCCCCACUGUGAGGCUCUCAUCGCCUUCCUGAUGGCCUACAGUCAAACCAAGAAGCCAGAGCUGCUGGAGAGAUUCUCUGAAGUUUACCAAUACACCUUCAACCAUUUUCCUGAUGCUAAGAGCGGGGAGUGGUUUGGCUAUUUGACACGAGAAGGGAAAAUGGCCCUGGAUUUGAAGGGAGGCCCAUUUAAAGGGUUCUUUCAUGUGCCUCGCAGCCUGUACAUGUGCGAGCUUCUGCUGGAUGAUCUUCUGGCAAACCAGGACUGAGCGUUCUGACGUCAAUGAUGUGAUGAUGAUGGAAUUUGGUUCAAUAAUCAGUUUUAUAAAGGAAAAUGCAAAUUUGUUUUGAGUAAUUUAAGAUAUGUUUCGUGGUGGGGCUUAUUGUUUUUAAGUGCCUGACAAGAUCUUUUACCAUUGAGUUUGUCGUUUUAAUGUUUUCUAUUUUAGAACUCAGUGACUAAAGUGCACAACAUUCAGGGGACAUCAAUUCAGGAUUUGUCCUUGUUAUGACUCAGAGCGUCAUAGUGGGGGGGGGGGGGGGCAGUUCCCCUCCCUGCCUGAGGGGGCUGUUGUAUGUUUUGCCUUGCUCUGUCUCUUUUCCUUUUGCAGGUGAUUGGAUGUCGGUGAAUAAGAAGGAUCCUGUGGGAGCCAGCAGCCCUCUCUUGUUGCCUGUCUCUCCAGCUUUCAACCGGGAGCCCUGCUGCACCUCAUAGACUUUUGGGGUGGUGGGGGGGUUUAGCAAGGAGGUCGGUAGGGGUGAGAAGCCUUUGUUUGUUGGUUCAUGUUUUCUCCUGUUUUUGGGUAGGGAGUUAGGUAAGACACCUGUAUUUUUGUUUGUUUCUUUAUGUGUCCUAAGGAAGGUAGGGGGGGACCUGCAAGUAUUGUUUUGUUUGUUGUUUUACGCCAUGCUCACCCUGAAAUCUAUGACCUUGAACUAAAAUAAAUACCCCAAAACGAGAAAGCG